AUGUCAAGCGUUAAUACAAUCAUAGGCUUUACUGAACUUGAAACGAAAAAAGCCGAUUUUACGUGGGUAUUAAGACAAUUUAAACGUAUUUGGGACGGACGACAAACCAAAGGGAUACCAUCACCGACAUUUACAUUCGGUAGUGAUGAUCAAAGAAUAUUUUAUUUAUAUUUGUGGAAGAAUAUAAAUCGUACUCAAGUGGAUCUAUUCGGCAUUAAGAAGCAAAGUGACUUCGAAUUAACCUGGAAGUCAUCAGUUAAUAAGGAUGACAAAACUGUAUGCACUAACUCUGGUAUUCUAAGGAGUUAUCAUGGUGAUAUUUAUGAUUCUAAACCUGAUCACUUGGCAUGUAUCGUCACAAUUCCUAAUGAAGAAAUGAUAAAUUAUAUUUCAUCGACGGAUACUGUAAGUGUUCGCUGCAAAUUGACAAUGACUAUGGUAAACUCAACGAAAUCACUAAGCCAUAUAUCCAUCGAUACUAAUGAAGCAUUGGUACCAAACUUUAAUUUGGACUGGAUGUUUCUCAAUGAAAAUUUAAGUGAUAUUAAGCUGCGAGUAUCUGGAAAAGAAAUCCCAGCACAUAAAAUUGUGCUCGCUAAUGCCAGUCCUAUCUUCAAAGCCAUGUUUAGCCCCGAAAACAAAAGUCAAUCGAUAGAUAUGUUUUGUAUUACUUAUGAAGCUGCAGUUGAGAUGCUGCGAUAUAUUUAUAAGGGCAGCGUCAAGAUUAUAGAUUUCACCUUGGCUGCUCAACUUUUGAUGGCUGCUGACAAGUAUCAACUCGAAGGAUUGAAAAAAGAAUGCGAAAAAAUGUCGAAUUGCUACAAAUAUAACAUGGAAAGUUUGAAGAAAGAAGCAGUUUAG